UCUGACUAGAGUCAAUCCUUAAAGAUUCUACCUUUCAGCCUCGCAAUUAUGCAUCGGAUACAUGAUGAUGAAUAUUCGGAAGAUGUUAAGGAGUCUAUUCACCAAAAAGAAAUAUCCGUUAAAUCGCGACAUCAAAUUUCCAUACCCGACAUUUGCACAGAUGCAGUUAAGAACAACUGCUUUCAGCAGUCGAGUUUUCUGAAUUCUUCCCUCGCCUUUGCAUCACAUGUCGUAAAAUGCAGUUCUCCGGCUUCCAGUUUAGACGAAUCAACCUCCACGGCUCAACACGAACCCAAUCCCCACAUGCACAUUCAGGGCCAACACAUACUGCCUCCGGUUCCUGAUCUCAGUUUUUACAAUGUUCCAGAGUUUAUUUCAGAGCAGGAGAAACUAAUGUUCUCGGAUGCUGAGCGAUUUCUACGAUCGAAAGAUAAUGACGCGUGCAGUAAUGACUAUAACUAUAUGCACGAUGAGUUCGCCAUGCGGAAGUACUAUCAUCCACUAUUCGCCCAUGGAAUAUGCCGAUGGCCGGGUUGCGAAAUGGAUCUCGAAGAUAUCACUUCAUUUGUUAAGCAUUUGAACUCAGAGCACGGAUUGGAUGAUCGCUCCACGGCUCAGGCUCGGGUCCAAAUGCAAGUAGUUUCACAAUUGGAAUCCCACCUUCAGAAGGAAAGAGAUCGCUUGCAGGCCAUGAUGCACCACCUCUAUCUUUCCAAACAGCUUUUAUCACCAACUAAAAUUGACAGAAAGGAUAUUCCCGGAAGGGAGGGAAAGUUUUGCAGAAGUCCCAUCACAAUAAAUAGCAUCGGUCGACCAGUUCGACAAACGAAUUCUCCAAGCCCCCUGAAUCUUCCACUUGUCAAUUCGACCAAUUUAUGUACAAUCAAAAAAAGAAGUCACGACAAAAAUGCGUUUUCAAUAAAUGGAGGCUUGCCAUAUAUGCUAGAAAGAGCAGGUCUUGAUGUACAGCAGGAAAUCCAAAGGAAUAGAGAAUUCUACAAAAAUGCGGAUGUGCGACCUCCUUUUACUUAUGCUUCCCUAAUAAGACAGGCCAUUAUCGACUCACCUGACAAGCAACUGACUCUGAAUGAAAUAUACAACUGGUUCCAAAAUACUUUCUGCUAUUUCCGACGCAACGCAGCCACGUGGAAGAAUGCGAUACGUACAAAUCUAUCAUUGCACAAGUGCUUUGUACGUUAUGAGGAUGAUUUUGGCUCAUUUUGGAUGGUCGACGAUAAUGAGUUUGUUAAGAGGCGCCACCUAUCGAGGGGGCGCCCCCGGAAAUAUGAGCCGUCAUCUUCCCCGAACUCUUGCCAAUCCGGUAACGGUGCCUCGGCCGACAAGAACCCUUGCGAUAAUUGUACCCAGCACUGCUCCAGUUUGCCGGGAGCCGAUAAUCCUAUAGAUUCUGUAAAUCCAAACGAUAUCGGUCGAAUAGGUUGUCUUCCUUUUUGCGGCAGUAGUGUCGGUGAUGGUUUAAGUAAAGCUUCUAAGGAUUAUUCAAAUAUGGAUUCGGGUCUAAUAGAAAGUAAUAGCCACUUAGCAAUGGAUGAUUAUCCUGCAGCGAUGUAUGAAAAUAGUGUUAACGAGCACAAUCGAUAAGUGUGUCAUUUGCAAAUCAUAAAAUUCUCUUUGGUGCAUUGUCGUAACAAUUCUGAUUACAGGUUCGGAUUCGGAAAUGAUACUUGUACAUACACAUAAAUAUAAGUAUGAUUUCCUUCCCUAAGUUUUAAGAAUCACAUAAUUUUAGCCUAUAACAUAAAUAACUUCCUAAUAAACAUGAUUAAAACAAAUAAUACUUUCUAAAGA